AUGGACCAGCAGCAACACAUUGACGCGCUCCUCGAGCGCUACCUAGGCCUGUUGGAUGAAUACACCCAGCUACGCAAGAGCCUAUCGCAGCUUCAGUCCAAUGUCUAUCAGAAUAUUGCACGAGCAAACUUUGCUGGCGAGCGAGGCAUGAGGUAUGGCCAGGAUCAUUACGAUGAGAGGAUGCAGGCAAUCCGCCUUCUUGAUAUCGAGGUCGACGAGAAAGAGAUUCCGUCAUUUUCAAUCAUCGAUGCUCCUAUCGAAGAGCCAGAGAAGGAAGAGGGUGCUACUUCCGAAGGAAACGACGGAGAAUCGGAGGAGAAGACCGAAAAGGACACCACGAAGGAGUCCACCCCGAAGAAGCCCAAGAAGAACAGGAAUCCAUUGCACUGCCCAGGCGCAAUCUGUUCAGGCAGUAAAGAAGAUCAUCCCUAG